UACGAACUCUCGAUGGAAAAGGUUCCCGGCGGCUGUCAACGACGCUGUCGCGGAAAAUCGUCGCGUGAAAACUUUCGUAACGGCGCCGCGCUCAUUUCGGGACGGGGAGUCCUUUAAAGUGACACGUGGACGUUUCGAAACGUGGGAAUACCAAUCCUAUUCGCUACGCGAUCCCCCAGUGACGAGUGGUUGUGAUAGAUCCCUUCCCGCGAGUGUGAUACGAUGGCCAACACCGGAGGGAUGUUCGUCGAGCCGCCGUGGAUCGACGUAUCGAGCACGAUCGACGCGGCGGAGUGAGUUCGACGGUUAGGUACCCUCGCUGGAUAUUCUCCGCGGACUCCGUAGAUCGCUGGUGCGUGUGCGGCGCGUUCGGGAUUAAGAGGUGUCGUGAUCGACGGCUGGGUAUCGCGGAAGUAACGUCACGUGCCGUGCGGGGAAGUGCACGUGGCUGUGUCGCGAAUUGGUUGCACAGAGAGCAACGGGUGCUGUCUGUCGCGCUGGAUCGAAAGUAGAUCCCCAAGUGGCCAGAAGAGCCGCUCGAGGUUCGAUAAUUGGAGAACGGAUACGGGGCGGAAGAAGCGGUUCGGGAAACGCGGCGAAUCAACGUCGAAUUAUCGGACGUCUCCGAAGGAAGAUCUAGAUAGUUGGGGAGGCCGGAUGACAUCCCCCGCGCAGGAGAUAAUUAAUUUCCCGUGCUAAUUAGUCGCGAAGGAACUGGACGAAUGAAGGGUGGACGGUUUGAUCGGCAGAUUUGCUGAUUAAACUCGUUGCUGGAUGGCCCGGAAGGAUCUCGGUGAAAGGGCAGGCUAAUGAGGCGAGGAGACCCUGAAAGUUUCUCGCAAGAAUACGGACGUUAAGCGACUCUGUCUAACCGUUCCUGGACGAGGGAUUCAAAGGGUUGAGAGGAGAACCUUGGUUAACCUAGAGAAAUGCAAAAUAGGCAUACUCCUCCAGGCCAUUUCCGACGAAAGAGUUCUGUUUAAACUCGGGACCAAGAUCCUCCGACUGCUGGGCUCUCUGUUAGCGGUCCUUCGGUGAAGUGGGUCGGUGGUGUUUGUAUGGGGAGGAUCGGUGCGUACGAAGAGGAGGUCCCAUCGUCAAAUGCGGUAGCUACGAUGAGAGGAUCCAGGUUACAGGCGAGGGGUGCUGCUUCGAUCGAGGAAUCGUGCUCCAGGUGUGGACGGUGUUCAAACAAAAUGUGGCUCACGCUAUUGCUGCUCUGCUCACUGCUGAGGACAGGGGCGUCCAUUAAAAUAGUGAGGCUCGAGGUGCCGAGUAUAGCGGACCCUAGGUGGGACAAAGUGACUCUGAGGUGCGAGUAUGACCUGGAUGACAAGGAUCUCUAUUCGGUGAAGUGGUACAAGGACGGUGCCGAAUUCUUCAGAUACAUGCCCGGCUCGACGCCACCGGGCAGGGACUUCCCCGUCGAGGGUGUGUACGUCGAUGUAAAUAAGAGCGACAGCAAACAAGUCACGCUCUUAGGACAGGCGAAUAAUCGCAGAGGUAAGGUGAACCUCGUGGGAUCCUACGGCUGCGAGGUGUCCUCGGAGGCACCGAGCUUCCUGACAAGCUACGAGGCGGCAAACAUGAGCGUCGCCAUCUUGCCGAACGAGCGACCCAGUCUCAAAGGACUUCGACCAUCCUACGAGGCUGGCGAAAUCCUCCGCGUGGAAUGCGCCUCAGCGCCCAGCUAUCCCGCGGCGAUGCUCGCUUUCAUCCUCAACGGGAAGGAGGUGAACGCAGAGUUAACCAACGAGCUACCAACCGUUGAGUCCACGGAAGACAACAUCGUGACAGCGAGCCGUCUGGGUCUGUCGUUGCGUUUGGAACGAUAUCAUUUCCCUGGGGGCACUUUGAGUCUAACCUGUCAGUCCACGUUACCGGAUAUCAAGGAUGCCAGAGCGUUGGACAGGACAGAAACCGCGACCCUGGCUGCCAGCAAUCAGCGACUCGCUCAGGAACCGCCCAGAUCCGGUUCCAGCUUCAACAUUCCCCUAUUAUCAACCAUCAUCUGCUGUUUAAUUGUGAACCUUCGAUCGGUAUGUCACGGGAGCUUAAAACUUCCGCACGAUUAGUCGCCGAAUAUUCUCGAUUGCCGAUUAAACUCGUUCAAUUAUUGUGAUUGUUUUCCCGAGAGAUCCGCGCCUCUUGUGAGGGACACUCGCGAAUUGGCAGGGCACGAUGUUAUUAGGGAUGAAUUACGAAACUUUGCAGAUUGGUAGACAUGUCAAGAUGUGGGAUAAGGUUUUAUUUCAUUCGAGUCUGAGGGAGGAGGGUAUCCUUUAGGUCAGGGUAUCCUUUUGGAAUCGAGACUGUGGUCUCAGGUGGCGCCACGGAAAGAUGGCGCUGUGGUCUCAGGUGGCGCCACGGGAAGAUGGCGCUGUGGUCUCAGGUGGCGCCACGAAAAGGUGGCUCCACGGGAAGAUGGCGCUGAGGUCUCUAGUGGCGCCACGGAAAGGUAGCACUGUGGUCUCUAGUGGCGCCACGGAAAGGUGGCGCUGUGGUCUCAAGUGGUGCCACGGAAAGGUGGCGCUGUGGUCUCAGGUAGUGCCACGGUAAGAUGGCGCUGUGGUCUCAGGUGGCGCCACGAAAAGGUGGCGCUGAGGUCUCCAGUGGCGUCACGGGAAAAUCGCGCUGAGGUCUCUAGUGGCGGCACUGACAGAAGCGUCUCUAUUCAUUAUUUGUUAUUAUCAAGCUGUAACAUUUAAUUUCUUUACUUCUCAAAGCCAAAUGCAUUCGCUCAACCUCUUGAAUUACCAAAGCUAAAAAGUUCCCUAUUCAUUGUUUUUAGCUAGUCUACAAACCUGCAGAGUAUCGUUUAUACCUGUUUCACACGGUUCCGUGACUGUUUCUCGUUGUCCAGCUAAAAGCUCGAUUCAUGGUGUCGCGAAAUUGUUAAAUUUCGAUUCGCUCGUUCAGUUUUCGCCAUCGGGCCAGACCGUUUUCCCGUUUGUGUGUCGAAUUUUUAUUUUCCGUGAAUUUUAUUGCGAACCGCUCGCGCAACCCGUGGGUCGUUCUUCAAAGUAUUCAGAGCUCGUAGCGUGAAACGUCGAUUACGCGAGGAUUUCGAGGGGAUUAAAUGUUUGCGUGCGUAUACGUACACGCUGACACACACAGAGACACAGAGACACGAAACAGACAAAGACACAAGAACGCACACCAAAGAUAUCACUCUGCGCGCGCGCGAGCGUCACGAGAGAAUAAAGAACAAACACUAUAGCAAUAUAAUUUAAUUGAAGCAAGCCGCUCGAGAUACGGCGUGAUGUAAAUAGUGUAUGAUUGUGAAUUAGAUUUACGAACUAUCGCGUGUAAUUAAGGGGAAACGACAAACACGGUGAAAGUACAGAGGAAUCGUUGGAACGAAGAAAAUCACGAACAUGACCGUUUGGUCCAAGUUUUGCGUGUACAAUGGCGAGCUAAAGAGAUUGCUCCUGGAUGAAGUCAAUGAUUAAGUUUUUUGUAAUGAUUUUUUUUAUCGUAUCAUAAACAACACUCGUUGCAGUAGCUGAGAAGGAUCAGAGUUUGUUGAAAAGAUUAUUCCUUCACUUAUGUAAUAAGAUUUUGUGUCACAUAGGUUAAUGACUUAUUAUCAUAAAAGUAUAUUUUAUUUUAAUAACAUCCAGGGACAAUCUUUACAGUUCUGUGCAGUACACGUAUUCACGUGAACGCGCCGAGUGAAGAGACCCGAUUGAAACAAGAAACAUAAAUCUGAGUCAAAACAAAAAGUACUGGAACCAUUGAUUCACAUUUAUGGCGUUAAAAUGAUUGUAUUUUUCUCUCGGCAAUCUUUUUUGGUGGCGUAUAAGAAUUUAUAUAUAUAUAUAUAUAUAUACAUACAUAUAUAUGUAUACACGAUAAAUUGGUCGUAUUUACGUUUUACUGUAAUUUUACAUGAUCCAUAUCUGAUCGUUACGAUACGUUUCAAACAAUAAAGAGGAAUAUGAGGCA